AUGGACCGCUCCGGGCGGCGGCAUCGCGUGCACCGCCGGAGCAUGUGCGGUGUCGGCUGUGCAGUGACGCAGCCCGGAUGGGACGUGUGCGUGUGGCAGCUUGGGUGUGAGCUCACGGUUCGCUUCCCGGGAGCUGGCAAGCGUGAGCAGGUUGCAGGGAGAGCGCGGUACCGCGCCGCCGGCACAAGUGCUUCUGCACCUCAUCAGGUCCCGGUGUGUCUUGGCAGCCCGUUCCCGUGCUUGGGCUCCUGCGGUGGGAGCAGGCCAGCCCCGGUGUCGCAUGGACCGCUCCGGGCGGCAGCAUCGCGGCAGCACCGCCGGCACAAGUGCUUCUGCACCUAUCUGACGCUUCUCCGUGGCAGGUGGUUCUGUAACCAUCUUCCAACGCUUUUCCAGCGGCUGAGGCUCUCGGAGUUUGGUGAUCUGGACAUCCUUAUAUCAGAAGGGGUGCCUCUCUCGGAGCCUUCCCCGAGCUCUGUGCCUGAAGAGAACGCAGAAAUCACCCUGGAUGUGUCGUUAGCGUAUCGUGACAACACGUUUGAUGAUUGGAAAGAAAUAGCGCACGCCAUAGAGAUCAGGAAGCUGAAAUGCACCUUCGGCUCACCAAAAACGCUGGAGUCUGAGGGCCGUCACUACGACUGCGACUUCCUGCCCUUCAUGGAGAUCGGCAGCGUGGCUCACAAGUACUACCUCAUCAACAUCCGCCUCCCUGUGAACGAGAGGAAGGGCAUCAACGUGGGCAUCGGGGAAAUCAAGGAUAUCCGCCUCGUGGGUAUCCAUCAAAACGGAGGCUUCACAAAAGUGUGGUUUGCCAUGAAGACCUUCCUCACCCCCAGCAUUUUAAUUAUCAUGGUCUGGUACUGGAGACGGAUCACGCUGAUGACACGUGCUCCUGUCCUGCUGGAGAAGGUCAUCUUUGCUCUGGGAAUUUCCAUGACGUUCAUUAACAUCCCCGUGGAGUGGUUUUCCAUCGGAUUUGACUGGACGUGGAUGUUGCUCUUCGGGGACAUUCGACAAGGCAUUUUCUAUGCCAUGCUCCUGUCGUUUUGGAUCAUCUUCUGCGGAGAGCACAUGAUGGACCAGAACGAGCGGAAUCGUCUCUCGGGGUACUGGAAGCAGGUUGGACCCAUAGCUGUUGGCUCCUUCUGCCUCUUCAUCUUCGACAUGUGCGAGAGGGGAGUGCAGCUGAAGAACCCCUUCUACAGCAUCUGGACCACCGAAGUUGGCACGGAGCUGGCUAUGGCCUUUAUUAUAGUCGCAGGAAUCUGCUUGUGUCUCUAUUUUCUCUUCCUGUGUUUUAUGGUCUUCCAAGUGUUCAGAAACAUCAGUGGAAAGCAGUCAAGCCUCCCAGCCAUGAGCAAGGCUCGCCGCCUUCACUACGAGGGGCUGAUCUUUAGGUUCAAGUUCCUGAUGCUCAUUACUCUGGCCUGUGCGGCGAUGACUGUCAUCUUCUUCAUCGUGAGCCAGGUACUGCCCUUCACGUGGCAAUCUUCGCUGAACACGUCAGUGUGGCAGGG